AUGCAUAGAAGAAGGGACAUUGGAAUAGAUUUCACAAAAAAGAAAAUUACUAAUACAAAUAUGCUCAAACAAUUAAUUAAAUACAUAAAAACAGAAAAAUUUCUUGGUAGUGACGUAAAGUCAUUAAUAUAUCAAGAUAAUGGAUUAACUGAUAUUUGUACAUUUAACCUAUUUAGUAAUCUUCAGAGUAUUGAUAUCAGUAAUAAUAAAAUUGAAAGUAUUCCUAAAAAUCUAACAACUAUUCAACAACUUAAAUCAUUAAAUUUAUCUCAAAAUAAAAUAAGUGAUGGAAUGGAUAUAAUAAGUAAAUUACCAUUACUUACAUUUCUUGAUCUUUCUAAUAAUAAUAUUAAAGAAUUUGAAAUUGGAAGAAUUUCACAAUUAACAUCUCUUGAAAUACUUAAAAUAACAAAUAAUGAAAUACAUACAUUUGAUUAUAAUAGUUUAAAACCAUUAAAAUCAUUAAAAGAAUUUUAUAUUAAUACAAAUUAUAUUGAAUCACCUAUUUUUACAGAAACAACAAUUUGUCUUCUAUUUCCAUCACCAUUUUUUCAAUUAAUACCUAAUAAAAUUGAUGAACAUAUUUAUUUAGGGUCAUUAGAUUCUACAAGAAAUCGAGAUAUUUUAAUAGAAAGAAAUAUUACAGGAAUAUUAUCAUUAGGAGUUAAAGCCAUUAUUGUAAGUAAAAAAAUUCAAGUAGAAUAUAUUGAUAUUGGAGAUUUAGCAAGUGAAGCAAUUGAUCAAUAUUUUACAAAAUGUUUUGAAUUUAUGGAUUCAAUAAUUAAAGGAGGAGGAUCUAUUUUAAUUCAUUGUCAUGCAGGAAUAUCACGAUCUAGUACAAUUUUAAUAGCAUAUUUAAUGUAUAAAAAAAUGUGGAGUUAUAAAGAAGCAGUUAUAUUUAUUAAAAAGAAAAGACCAAUUAUAUCACCUAAUUCAGGAUUUGAGAAACAACUUAUAAAUUUUGAACAUAAAUUAUUUAAUAAUGGUGAUUUAAAUAAUGAAGAAAAUGAAUUAGAAGAAGAAUGA